AGCGUGCGGCUGUCGAACAACCACAUCACGUCCGUCGAGGGCGUCGAGGGCGACGAGGGGUCGCGGCUGUCGACGGCGCUCGCCGACGUCUGCGCCGACAUCAACGCCCUGCGCUGGAUCGACGUGAGCUUCAACCAGAUUUCGAGGAUCGGCGACGCCUUCGCGCACUUUCCGCACGUCACCGUGCUCUAUUUGCACGCGAACAACAUCGCGUCGCUGAGCCAGGUCAAGGCCCUCGGCGAGCUCAAGGAGCUCCGGUCCCUGACGCUCCACGGCAACCCCAUCGAGGACAAGAAGCACUACCGCACCUUCGUGAUCCACACGAUCCCCACGCUCACGCAGCUCGACUUCUCCACGAUCACGCGCCAGGACCGCGAGACGGCCGCCGCCUGG